CCCAAACCCACCCAUCCACCCACCUGCUCACCAAACCCAUCAGUGCUUUGGUUGGGUUUUUGUCCCAGCUGUUGACCCUGACCCCGAUCAGCCUUCAGAGUCUGGAGAAUUUCCUCUGUCUCUUCCACUACGUGCAACACCACCCCAAUAACAGCACCAAAGAUGCUCUGAAAUUCUGCUCAGAUAUGAGUGGGGCCAGUAACACCCUGGCCAGAGAGUUUCUGACGGAUGUGCACCAGCUAUGCAGCGCGGUGGCCCAGAGAGCCGAGGCGCGGGAUGAGGAUGAGGAAGAGAGUCACAUGGUGGCGCUGGGCGAGUACCUGGUCAGGGGGCGGGGCUUCCUGCUGCUCAGCACUCUGGAUGCCAUCAUUGAUCAGGAGCUGACUUGUCGGGAAGAGCUGCUAACUCUGCUGCUGUCGUUGCUGCCUCUGGUCUGGAAGAUUCCUGUGCAAGAGGAAAAAGCUCCAGAUUUCAACCUGACAUCCCUACUUGAAGCAUUCCUCAGCCGGGAGGUGAAGGCCGUCCCACUCAGGACGGGACAGAAGGCUGCGUCUGAUGAGCAGAGCUCUGGGAAGAGGUCCCGCGUUGGUAGUGGCACCUGGAAGUCACGGAGAUCACGCAGAACGUCACAGAGAUACUCUGUGAAAGAUGCUCGCAAGUCCCAGGUCUCCACCUCAGAUUCAGAAGCCAACUCUGAAGACAGAGCCGUUGGGGGCUCAAGGAGCCGAAGACCACACGGUUCCACCAUCCAGGUGAGCUGCCAGCAUCAUCGCUCUGAGGCCUCGCAGCUGACGUCUACGGCCACCAACACUACAGAAACCAUGAGUGCACCGUAUCCCCACCCCAGAGCCCCGGGUUCUCAGAUGGUAGACCACGAAACCUUGACCGACCCAGCUGCAAUAUCCAUCUUCAACCGCAUGGAGAACUCUCCUUUCGACCUUUGUCAUGUGUUGCUUUCCCUGUUAGAGAAGGUGUGUAAGUUUGACAUGAGCAUAAGUCACAACCCCGGUCUGGCCAUCAGUGUCAUACCGACCCUCACGGAGAUCUUGACUGAAUUUGGAGACUGCUGUGGUCUGGGGGCAGGAGGAGGGAUGGGAGCAGAGGAACUGGCUGGAGGCUGGACGGAGGAACCGAUCGCACUGGUUCAGAGGAUGCUGCUACGCACCAUCUUGCACUUGAUGUCUGUGGAUAUAAGCCAGAGCGACAGACUUCCAGACAGCCUGAGGCGAAGUUUGACAGACCUGCUGCGAGCAACUCUCAAAAUCCGAAGCUGUUUGGAGAGGCAGAAUAACCCUUUUGCCCCGCGGUCAAAAAAGACCCUACAGGAAGUCCAGGAUGAUUUUUCUUUUUCCCGUUAUCGCCACAGAGCUCUACUACUUCCUGAGCUUUUAGAAGGAGUACUACAAGUCCUCCUGAGUUGCCUCCAGGCUUCAACACCCAACCCUUUCUUCUUUAGCCAGGCUCUGGAGCUCAUCCAUGAAUUUGUCCAGCACCGUGGCCUCGAGCUCUUUGAGGCCACGGUUCUGCGGCUGGAGGGACUCGGCAGGGCCAGUUCUGACGUAGGCAGAGAGGCGUCGGAGCGGCUACGCGGCCUCAUUGCAGGGGUCUUCAAAAUAAUCAGCGCUAUUAAGAAAGCCAAGUCAGAACAGCUUCAUCAAUCGGUUUGUGCUCGGCGCCGGCACCGUCGCUGCGAGUAUUCCCACUUCCUCCAUCACCACAGAGACCUGUCAGGCUUGCCCGUCUCCGCUUUCAUGCAAGCAGCAAGACGCAACCCCUUUGAGGAGGAUGUGGAGGGCUCAGAGGAAUCUGAGGGGGAUAACGUGCGGUACCCUGAGAGAUGCUGCUGUCUAGCUGCCUGCACCCACCAGUGUCUCCGGCUCCUGCAGCGCCUCUCGCCCAGUGGGCCAUCUGUGCUGCAGGUAUUAGCUGGGAUUCAAGCUGUUGGAAUCUGCUGUUGCAUGGACCCUCGCUCAGUUGUAGGACCCCUUUUACAUGCUUUCCAAGCUCCAGGUCUCCGUAGUUACCAAUCCCAUGUGCUCAGUGUGCUAAGUCGGCUGAUUUUAGACCAGCUUGGUGGGGGUCAGCCGUCAGAGAAAGCUAAACUGGCCUCUUGUAACAUCUGUACUCUGGACAGCAGCCAACUUCCAGGCCUGGAGGAGACAUUGCAACAAGGAGAACCUGCAAAUAUUUCUACCAGUUUAUGUUACCGCUCCCAAGGUAUCCUGCCUAGCGGAGGAGGGGCUGAGGACAUGCUCUGGAAGUGGGAUGCUCUGGAGGCUUACCAGGAGCUAGUGUUUGGUGAGGACUGGCAGCUGAGCCAGCAGAUAGCCGGCCAUGUGUGCCAUCUAACACUACGGGGCAAUGCUAUAGUGCAGUGGCAACUCUACACACACAUCUUCAACCCCGUUCUGCAAAGAGGGGUGGAGUUGGUCCACCAUGCUCAGCAGCUGGGGGUUUCUACCGUCUGCACUCAGGUCUGCAGCUACCACACACAGUGCCUGCCUGUGGAGGUCCUACUCAUCUACCUGCAAACAUUACCAGCACUUCUCAAAUCAAGAGUGGUGCGAGACCUUUUCAUCAGCUGUAACGGGCUCAACCAGGUGACGGAGCUCGUCUACCUCGACCAGACUCGCUCUUUGGCCUUGAAGGUGUUUGAAACUCUGAUCAUAGGAGUUGGACACCAGCAGAGUGACGGGCUUCUUCAUGAGCUGGAGAGUGCCGACACCAAAGAAAGGGAGGCCAUCCUCGGCCUGGCUGAGGAGCUGGGGUCACGAGGGGUCGGAGAAGGCCCACAGAGCCUCAGCAAGUUUUACGAAGGCCUAAAGGAAGUGUACCCGCGCCACAAAAGCCGAACUGGACAGAACCAUGGACCAGGGAGGAGCAGAACAGAGACCCACCUGCAUGUGAUCAACCUGUUCCUCUGUGUGGCCUUCCUCUGUGUCAGCAAAGAGGCGGAUUCUGACCGGGACUCUGCCAACGACUCUGAGGACACUUCAGGUUACGACAGCACAGCGAGCGAGCCUCUAGGGGGCCGCCUGCCAUAUCUGUCCCCAGACAGUGUGGCGUUGCCCUCUAAAGAACAGCUACGGCGAGCCGCAGACGUCUGGUCCGUGUGCCGCUUCAUCUACAUGGCCAGCCCUCUGUUCCAAAGGCAGUUCUUCAGGCUCGGAGGACUGGAUGUGUGCCUGCGCCUCAUGGCCAUGGUCAUCCAGAAACUCUCGUGUAAGAGCAAGGAUGGAAAAACAAAGAAGAAGAGAGAGGGCAAAGGGAAAGGCAGCCCUGAGUCUGCGGUUUCUGCUGCUUCACUGGGAUCUGAAGAUCCUCCCUACGAAUCAGGAGAUUUUCACAGUUUGGGUCCGACUGAGGGGAAGACCAAAGAUCCAGGAAAGAGGUUUGACGAACAGUGGCAGCUUCAAAGUAUUCGUCUUCUUGAGGCCCUGCUGGCGAUUUGUCUGCACAGCGCUAACUCUGCCAUGCAGAGGAUAGAGCCGGAGCUUUCUUCUCAGCCUCAGUCUGUGGAGGAGACCCUGUUGGAGGUGAGAGACCAACUGUCUCGCUCAGGAGUGGUGAACUCUGACCUUGCUGUACCGCUGUUUGACUCCCUGCUGCGAGUGGCCUUGGCUCAGGUGACUUCAUGUACCGAAACACCUGAGGAGAAACCAGAGAGGAAGCUCCAGGUGUUUGCUGAGGGGGCGGCUCCGGCAGGAGAUCUGUCUGAGGAGGUGGAUGAGGUGCAGAGCUGCAGUGUCAGGCUCCCGGGGGAGGAGGAGGGCUACGACGCUGAUAGCGAAAGCAACCCGGAGACCAUGAAGCAGCAGGAAGAGGUAGGGAAGGUGGAGCCUGCAGGAUUGAGUGAGUUUGCGGCAGCAGCGGAGGAUGGGCCGGAGCGCGGCGUGCUGCUGUUCCCGGAGAUAUGCACCAUGGAGUUACGGCUUCUUGCCUCCGGCUCGCCGGACCUGGAGGUUCUCGGUCACGUGUUUCACAGCCUGCUGGGCGCCGUGCAUGCCAACCACCGCAACGCCGCCUUGCUCUAUGACCAGGGAGGAGUCAAAACCAUCCUUUGUAGUUUUCACAACAUCCUCAGCCAAACAGACCUCUCCUUUAAAGAUUGCCAGACGGUGCUGGUGGAGCUGCUGGUUGCCAUGGUGAACCAGCGCAUUACAGCAGAGGAGCUGGCCCUAUUGAUCCGCCUCUUCCUGGAGAAAACCCCACCUACAGCUAUAUUACUGAAGGGUAUCCUACAAAUUGUCGAAGCCAACAUGGACAUGGAGCCUCUUCACUUCCUGACGUUUCCAAUACUCCAUGGGGUUUCAACACCCGGAGGCUCAUCGCCUGGCUCCAGGCUGAGCGGCACCGCCGGAGGCAAAGCCGUCAGUCUGCUUUGGAAGGGGAAACUUUCUCCUGGUCGCAGGGAGGGGGAACCAGAGUACCGACCGAGCCACCUCUGGUCUUCCCCCUGGCACACGGCGCCUCUCCACCUACCUCUUGUGGGGCAGAACUGCUGGCCCCACAUGGCCCCCGGUUUCAGCGCCUCGAUGUGGUUGAGGGUGACGGAGCUGGAGGAGAAGAUCGACGACAAAGAAGAAAGCGUCCGUCCUGCAUCUGAGAUCCAUCAUGCUUCACCUCAGACUGGAGCAAAGUCAGCAGAAGAAAACCUUGUUCAUGUUCUCUCCAUGGGCUCCAAGGCGCUGAUGCUUCAAGUGUGGGCAGACUUCUCCAAAGGCUCUCUCACCUUCAGAAUUUGCAUAGACCCGAAUGACGACAUAAAAGCCGGGCUGCUGGCGCAGGCAGAGUCGGUCGAGGGAAUGUUCAGACGAGGGCAGUGGCAGCACCUCGGCCUCACUUACAGCCAGCAGCCAGAGGGCAAGAAGAACGUCCACGGCCGCGUUGUCGUGUGGGUUUGUGGCAUCUGGAAAUGUGAGGUUUCUCUGGACUACACGCUCCCUCGCAAGUCCAGUUUAUCAUCUGACAGCAACAAAACGUUCUGCAUGUUGGGCCAUUGCACGGUGUCGUCAGAGGAGCUGGGGAAGGACGCGGGACGCUGGAGCAUGGGCACUGUGCUUCUCUUUAAUGGGUCGAGGAUAGGAUCUGAGGAGGCCUUCUUCCUCUACUCCAGUGGACCGGACCUCACGUCAAUCAUGCCCUGCAAAUACGGCAAGUCGAGUGGCUCAAUCUCCAAGUUCGUCUCUCAGGAAGGCCUCAGGUGUGAACACGUCAGAGAGAUCCUGAUGAAGAACAAGGACAUUGACACAACAGCACUGGUUGAGAGCUUGGCGAUAGUUUACGCCCCCAGCAGUCCAAGAGUCUACACCAUAUACGAGCCUGUGAUCAGGCUGAAAGGUCAGGCCAAGACGGUCGUCACCCAGCGGCCCUUCAGCUCCAAAGAGGUGCAGAGCAUCUCACUGGACGCAAACGCCUUUAGGUCUCUGCUUCCCUCCGAAACCCACGGCCUGCAGAGCGUACUGCAUAAGAUCGGAGGGACGGGGAACUUUGUUUUCCUUUUUGCACAGACGGUGGAGCUCAGUGACUGCGAGAAGACCCAGGCUCUGGCCCUGCGAGUGCUACUGUCUCUCUGCAAGCACAACCAACACCGCAUCCAUGAAAUGGACUGUUACCAUGGUUACUCCAUGAUCCAUCAGGUCCUCAUCAAGUCCAAAUGCAUCGUAGGAUAUCAUAUGCUGAAAACUCUGCUGGACGGCUGUUGCAGUGGACCGGUCCUCAUCCUGGGGGACGACGGCCAGUUUCGAUUGGAUCCAGAAUCUGUGGCUGUGGUUCAGGAUAUCAGGCUGCUCUCUGACAUCCUGCUGGACUGGAAGAUUUGGGCUAAGGCUGAGUGUGGUGUGUGGGAAACGCUGCUUACCGCUUUAGAGAUCCUCAUCAGGGUUCACCAUCCACAUCUGGUCUACAACAUCCGCCAGUUCCUGAACGCUGAAGUCGUGCAUCGCUUCCUGCUCACCUGCCAGGUGUUACAGGAGCACCGGGACGACUAUCUGACCUCCAUCCCUCAGGAAGUGUCUUUGUCCUUCAUCAAAAUCAUCCAGGAAGUGCUGGGCUCUCCUCCAGACAUGGAUCUGCUGAAGCUCAUCUGCAACUUCCUGCUGGCCGUUCACCCGCCCACCAACACCUACGUCUGUCACACUCCAUCCAGCUUCUACUUCUCGCUGCACAUCGACGGGAAGCUGUACCAGGAAAAGGUGCAGUCCAUUAUGUACUUGAGACGCUCCAACAGCGGAGGAAGGUCUGCCAGCAGCUCCGUCGUGUCUCUCUCCCCGACUGUUUUUGCUGACGGCCCCCAUGAAGGCCAUCUUCUAGCUCCUUCGCCUGAACACGUAGGUGAUGAUCAAUCCUUACGGCCUCCCAGCGCGGCUCCGUCUCCAUACUCCUCGCCUCUGGUGACGCCUCACGUCGGCCACAGCAGCUUGGGCGACGCAGCCGAAGGCGACGACGUCUCCCUGGCCUCCCAGCAGGCUCUCGGCAGCACGGAGACUCUCAAGAAGGUCGGAGGCGACGAGCAGCUCCUGAGCAGCUGCGAGUCCGCCAAGACAAUCUGCGACUCCAAGGACGCGGGGGAGGGUGGCGCGCCACGGACGCCGUCCAUCAGCGUGGAGGAGGACCGGGACGAGGCGGCAGAAGUCGACAGUCUGGCAGAGGGCAGCGUGGGGGGGGUGGAGUCUGAGGACUGGGCCAGCGAGGAGGCACCGCGUCGCCCCGACAGCCUGAAGGGCAUCCAGUCCUUCCAGAGGAGCCACAGCAACCUGACCAGUCUGGGUCUGGCCUUCCCGUUCUCAAAUGGUUCGCUAGCAGUCGCCCGCUGGCCCAGUGCAGCCGAUCGGGCUUCGAUGCCUGAAGAUUGGGAAAGCUACACGUACUCGCCCGGCUCCGACAGAACGCAGAGCAAGACGGAGGCCAAUGACAGGUCCAGUACGGAGGACUGCUUGGUGCUGAUCUGCUGCGGACUCUAUGAUCUCCUGAGGGGCGUCCUGCUGCUGCUGCCUGACCUCAUGCUUGAGGAAGUCAUGGACAAGCUGAUCCAGCCAGAGGCGCUCAUCGUAUUGGUCAAUCAUCCCUCACCGCUCAUCCAGCAAGGCGUCAUGAAGCUCCUAGACGCCUAUUUCAGCAGAGCUCUCAAAGAGCAGAAGGAGAAGUUUCUGAAGAACCACGGCUUCUCGCUGCUGGCCAACCAGCUGUACAUCCACCAGGGCAGCCAGGGGCUGCUGGAGUGCUUCCUGGAGAUGCUGUUUGGGCGACCCAUGGGCCUAGAGGAAGAUCUUGACCUGGAGGAAAUGGAAAAUAUCUCACCUUUCAGAAGGCGCUGCAUCAUCCCGGUGUUGGGUCUUAUAGAGAACUCCCUUUAUGAGAACUCCUUGGUGCAUAACAUCCUUUGUAUGCUGCUGCAGCUCGUCAAUGCCUGCCCCAAGCUUGCAGACAUCCUGCUGGACCACGGGCUGCUCUACGUGCUCUUCAACACUCUUUCUACCCUGAACGGCAUGGAGAAUGGUAUCCCCCUGAAUGAUUACAAGCUCCUGGUGUGUGACAUCCAGCAGAUGCUAGUCGCUGUGACUAUCCACUCCUGCAGCUCCUCGGGGUCCCAGUACUUCCGCAUCAUCGAAGACCUCAUUACCCUGCUGGGUUUCAUGCAAACCAGCAAGAUGAGACGCACCCAGGAAAUGGCUGUGGCCUUGCAGUUCAGAGUCCUCCAGUCGGCCAUCGAGUUCAUAAAGACGACGGCCAACCAGGAGCCUUCAAAGCUGAGCAGUGCUGUUAACACGCCGACCUCUCCGCAUCACGCCAUCUAUCAGAAGCGUAAGAGCAUAGCAGGCCGGCGCCGGUUCUCUCUGGCCCAGACGGACUCUCUCCUGAUGCGGAUGCGCUCCGUCGCCAGCGACGAGCUCCACCAGAUGAUGCAGAGGAGGAUGAGCCAGGAAAACCCGAUCCGUGCCAGCGAGACUGAGUUUGUCCAACGGCUGCAGAGGCUUGUGGUUCUGGCUGUCAACAGACUGAUCUACUACGAUGUGAGUGAGGAUUUAUUCGACCUGCUGAACAUCCCGGACUCUCCGGACCACCACAUCUUCACCCCGGAUCCGGGGGAUCAAGCGCACGACGAAAGCGGGUCGUGCUCCAUCCCGCACUCUCCAACUCCUUUUAUCCUUCCACAUGCCAGCAAGAAGAGUUUUCAGAAGGACAUCCUGAAGCUCAUGACGGACGGGAUCAAAAUCAGCCUGGGCAGCACGGGUCGUGGCGGAGCCCCAAACCAUCAGUGGCGGCGGAUCCUCUGGUCCUGCAGGGACACCUUCAGGGUGCAGAUAGGCCGCCUCCUGGUGCACAUGCUCAGCCCUUCGCUUCCACUGCAGGACAGAAAGGAGGCACUUGUGUUUGUGUUUGAUCACAAGCAUAUAGAUAUCCUGAAGGAGAGCCUGAGCCCAGGACUAGAGCACGGGCCGAAACUGAGCCUGUACCUGUUCGAGAUGCUGCACGAUCACAAAGACGAGCUGACGAAGGAAGAGCAAAGCGCCGUGGGUGUCUUCAUGACCUCUCUGAAGCUUUGUGGCCAUCGCUGCAUCCCACUCAACGCACCGCACAAACACGACCUGCUCAAGGCCAUAAAGGAGGAAAAGAUGAAGUUUGAAGCAGAAGAGAAGACGAGCAAAGCUGCAUGGGAAAAGAAAAUGGCAAACACGCAGAAAAACCUAAUUCAGAGGCUUGAUGGGAAAUCCAAGGAUAUUUCCAAGAUUGCGGCUGAUAUUACCCAAAACGUGUCUCUGCGGCAAGGCAUGGAGAGGAAGAAAGUCAUCCAGCACAUCAGGGGUUUGUACAAGACCGACCUGAGCGCCAGUCGCCACUGGCAGGAGCUGGUGCAGCAGCUGACACACGACCGCGCCGUUUGGUACGACCAGACGUCUUACCCGACAUCGUGGCAGCUGGACCCCACUGAAGGGCCGAACCGGGAACGGCGGCGGCUGCAGCGGUGCUACCUCACCAUACCAAACAAAUACCUGCUCAAAGACAGACGGAAACCUGAGGAAACAGUGAAGCCUCCUCUGUCCUUCCUGUUUGAGGACAAAACUCACUCCUUCUUCUCCUCCACUGUUAAGGACAAAGCCACCAGCGAGUCCAUCAGGUUCACCAGACGAUGCACCAGCGUCGCCCCGUCCAGAGAGACGGCGGGAGAAUUGCUGCUGGGAAAGUCUGGGAUGUACUUUGUGGAGGACAAUGCCGCUGAUGCUCAUGACAACCAGAUCCUUCAGGGCGAGACGGAGGCGCCGUCUUUCUCUUGGACGUACGAGGAAAUCAAAGAGGUGCACAAGCGAUGGUGGCAGCUGAGAGACAACGCGGUGGAGAUAUUUCUGACCAACGGCAGGACGUUGCUGUUAGCCUUCGACAACACCAAGUUUCGGGAUGACGUCUACCACAACAUCCUGACCUCUGACCUUCCCAACCUGCUGGAGCACGGGAACAUCUCGGCGCUCACCCAGCUGUGGAGUUCCGGACAGAUCACAAACUUCGAGUACCUGACGCACCUCAACAAACACGCGGGCCGCUCGUUCAACGACCUCAUGCAGUACCCGGUGUUCCCCUUCAUCCUCAGCGACUACGUCAGCGAAACCAUCGACCUGCAGGACGCAAACAUCUACAGGAAUUUAAACAAACCCAUUGCAGUUCAGUCGAAAGAAAAAGAGGAUCGCUACGUUGAUAACUACAAGUACCUGGAGGAAGAGUACAAAAAGGGGAUUCGUGAGGACGACCCCAUGCCUCCCGUCCAGCCUUACCACUACGGCUCCCACUACUCCAACAGCGGCACGGUUCUGCACUUCCUGGUCCGAAUGCCGCCGUUCACCAAGAUGUUCCUCGCCUACCAGGAUCAGAGCUUUGAUAUCCCGGACCGGACGUUUCACUCCAUGAACACGACGUGGCGUCUGUCCUCCUACGAGUCCAUGACUGACGUGAAGGAGCUCAUCCCAGAGUUUUUCUACCUCCCAGAGUUCCUGGUCAACAGGGAAGGUUUUGAUUUUGGGGUUCGUCAGAAUGGCGAGAGGGUGAAUCACGUGAAUUUACCUCCGUGGGCUCGCAACGACCCGCGCCUGUUCAUCCUGAUCCACCGGCAGGCCCUGGAGUCGGAGCACGUCUCCCAGACGCUGUGCCAGUGGAUCGACCUGGUGUUUGGGCUCAAGCAGAAGGGCAAAGCGGCGGUGCACGCCAUCAACGUCUUCCACCCUGCCACUUAUUUUGGCAUGGACGUGUCAGCUGUGGAAGACCCGGUUCAGCGACGGGCGUUGGAGACGAUGAUCAAAACGUACGGCCAGACGCCGAGGCAGCUCUUCAGCGCCACUCACAUCAGCAGAACCGCCCCGAAGCUCAUGAUGGAGGGAGAGCUCCCAGCAGCCAUGGGGCUCCUGGUUCAGCUCGCCUUCAGGGAGACGCGGGAACACGCAAAGGAGAUCGUCUGCCCGAGCCCGCUGCCCUGGAUCAAAGGUCUGAAGUGGGGCGAGUACGUCGGCUCGCCGUCUGCUCCAGACCCGGUGGUGUGUUUCAGUCAGCCGCACGGAGAGCGGUUCGGAUCCCUGCUGGCCCUGCCUACCCGCGCCAUCUGCGGUCUGUCCCGCAGCUUCUGCCUCAUGAUGAUCUACAGCAAGGAGCAGGGUGUGCGCAGCAUGCACAGCACAGACAUCCAGUGGUCGGCCAUCUUGAGCUGGGGCUACGCCGACAACAUCCUGAGGCUGAAGAGCAAGCAGAGCGAGCCGCCCAUCAACUUCAUUCAGUGUUCACAGCUCCACCAGGUGACCAGCUGCGCCUGGGUUCCCGAUGGCUGCCAGCUAUUUACGGGCAGCAAGUGCGGAGUCAUCACCGCCUACAGCAACCGCUUCACCAGCACCACACCAUCAGAGAUGGAGGUGGAGUCUCAGGUUCACCUGUACGGACACACAGGAGAAGUCACCAGCCUGUUUGUGUGCAAACCCUACAGCAUCCUCAUUAGUGUCAGCAACGACGGCACCUGCAUCCUCUGGGACCUCAACAGACUCUGUUACGUUCAAAGCCUCACAGGUCACAAAAGUCCAGUGACAGCCGUCUCUGCGAGCGAAACCACGGGUGACAUCGCUACAGUCUGUAACUCUGAGGGUGGAGGAAGUGACCUCCGCUUGUGGACAGUGAAUGGAGACCUGAUUGGUCACGUCCACUGCAGGGAGACCAUCUGCUCCGUGGCGUUCUCCAACCAGCCGGAGGGCGUCUCCGUCAAUGUCAUCGCUGGCGGUCUGGAGAACGGCGUCGUCAGGUUGUGGAGCACUUGGGAUUUGAAACCAGUCAGAGAAAUCACCUUCCCCAAGUCCAGCAAACCCAUCAUCAGCCUGACGUACUCGUGCGACGGCCACCACCUCUACACGGCCAACAGCGAGGGGACGGUGAUGGCGUGGUGCCGACGGGACCAGCAGCGCAUGAAGCUGCCCAUGUUCUACUCCUUCCUGAGCAGCUACGCUGCCGGCUGAGCGGGUCUGAUGUUUACCGCUGUCCACUUCCCAGCGAGAUCGCCUUCCUCCUGCUCCUCCUCAUCCUCCUCCCUCUGCUCCUGUCUGCACUGACGGGGAGGAAAGGACGCAUCAGCAUGGCGUCCGCCUCUCCGAACCCGCCCUGACUUUUAAAUAACUCCAUCCCCAGCUGAGCAAACGCUACCACACCCAGCAUUAAGAGAACAAGAUGAAGCGAGCGUUGUGUGUAAAUAGAUUUAUAUUUAUAAAGUGAAAAGCUGGAGGAGUGGACGAAUCUUCAGCUGCAACAGACACUUUUUCCUCCUCUUUUCCCUUUUUUUUUUAAACUGUUUUCCAUUUUAUUUUAUUUUUUUCGUUCUGUUGUAUCUGUUCCCGGGUACGCUGCUAUUGUCUGAGCAAAGCCGGAACCAAAAAGU